GAGUAAGGACUGGGAGUCAGUUCCCUUCAUACCUUUAGUGAAAUAACACUUUCUUUUCCUGGACAGAGAUGGCUGUUGCUUUGUUACUCCAUAUAAUGGGGUGUCUUGCUCUAGUAAAGGGCCAAGUCAUCAGUACUUACGAAGUUCACCCUGCCAUCGUUGUUCCUACACAACCUACUUCUACUCUCACUGUUCAGACUACUGUAACUCACACAUUAAGGGAAACGACUACAUCAGACGUCUGGAUCACGGAUCAAACUCUACUCGCUCUAACAGUGACACAAACCACAACACACUGGGAUUUUAUUCCUAAAGAACCACGAACAGUAACAUCUACAAUCAGGGUCAUUUCAAUACCGGUAGUGUUUGUAACGGCUACAGUUGGAGCAAAUCCCGUGAGCACUAUGGUGUCUAUAUUCAGCCAGUUUGUUACCGUCACUGACACUAUUAAAUACUGGCAGACCAUAACUCAUGUUGACGUCACACAUCAGAUUCAUACGGUUCCUGUUGUGACGACGCAAGACUUGCUACAACAAAUCAUAACUACAAUAACCCAAAUCGUCACUACUACUGUCACCUCUACAACUGCCCGUUACUAUGGUUAAUUGUUAAAUUCCCAUUGUUUAAAAAAAAAAUUGUUUAAUGAGUUUUAGUCGCAAAACAAUUUAACACCUAGAAAUUGUGGACACUAAAUCUUUAAUCUAAUGAUAAAAUCAAGUCACAUUCUGUACUUCGACUACUAGGAAAUGUGAUUUCAUUGGUAACAAUUGUGCAGAGUAGAAUGUUACAAACUAAUAUACCUUCGUUGAUGUAACUUAAUAAAAUAAAACUACUUAA